CCUCAUCUGUCAAAUGGGACGAGGUGUUGCAUGGGUCCUGGGCAGCACACGGGGAGGCAGCGAGGGUCGAUCUCCUCCCCUCUCCGCCUCCGCCUUCACCCUGAGAGCGGGGAGCGGGCCCUUUAACCCGGGAGGCGGGGCCGAGGCCACAGGAAGCUGCGAGGCUGGAAGCUGCACCCACCGGUGUCCAGGCGGGCGCUGGUCUGGGGACUGUCGGCAGGGAGGCUGUCCACGUGGUUGCUGGAAUGGAGAACUCUCUGGUGGAUCGUGCCAAGGAUGAACCCUUCCACACGGCCACACCCCUGCUGGAGAGCUGGCCACUGUCCCAGGUGGCGGGCAUGACCGUCUUCCUCAAGUGUGAGAAUAUGCAGCCGACCGGCUCCUUCAAGAUCCGGGGCAUUGGGCAUUUCUGCCAGGAGAUGGCCAAGAAGGGAUGCAAACACCUGGUGUCCCCCUCAGGGGGCAACGCGGGCCUCGCUGCUGCUUAUGCCGCUCGGAAGCUGGGCAUCCCUGCCACCAUCGUGCUCCCCGACAGCACCCCCCUGCAGGUGGUGAGGAGGCUGCAGGGGGAGAAGGCUGAGGUUCAGCUGUUUGGGAAGGUCUGGGACGAGGCCAAUCUGAGGGCACAAGAGCUGGCCAAGAGGGACGGCUGGGUGAGCGUCUCCCCAUUCGACCACCCCCUGUUAUGGGAAGGCCACGCCAGCCUGGUGCGGGAGCUGAAGGCAGAGCUGGGGACCCCGCCGGGCGCCGUGGUGCUGUCAGUGGGGGGCGGGGGGCUCCUGGCCGGGGUGGUGGCCGGCCUGUUGGAGGUGGGCUGGCAGCACGUGCCCAUCAUCGCCAUGGAGACCCAGGGGGCACACAGUUUCAACGCAGCCGUCAAGGCGGGCAAGCUGGUGACAUUGCCGGACAUUACCAGCGUGGCCAAGCGCCUGGGUGCCAAGACGGUGACCGCGCGGGCCCUGGAAUGCACACGGGAGUGCCACAUCCUCUCCGAAGUGGUGGAGGACGCUGAGGCUGUGAGUGCUGUGCAGCGGUUCCUGGAUGACGAACGUAUGCUGGUCGAGCCUGCUUGCGGGGCGGCCUUGGCAGCCGUCUACUCAGGCCUCCUGGGGAGGCUCCAGGCUGAGGGCCGCCUGCAGCCCGGCCUGACGUCAGUUGUGGUCAUCGUGUGCGGAGGCAGCGGCAUUGACAGCCAGGAGCUGCAGGCUCUGAAGACCCAGCUGGGCCUUAACUGAGGGGUCUCGGCCCGGGAGGGCCCGCCAGGCCCCAGAGACCCUGAAGAGGCCCAUGGAGACCCCUGUGGCUGGUGGAGGGGUCUGUGCCAGUGCGUGGCUGUGGCAGGUGCUCUGUGCCUCUGUGCUGCCUGCUUCCUGCAGGAAGCCCUCCUGAAUCACUCCAAUAAACCCGUUCUGAGUUGAGUUUGUAA